AUGGCAGGAUCUGGUGUUGCUCUGAGGCUGCACGAGUUCAGAGAGUCUCAGGACUCCAGACAGCUCGAUGGACCGACCACGUUAACACAAUUGUCUCGUCUGGGGAGAGACGUUCAUGGAUUGUAUCCAGGACAGCUGGGUAGAGUCCAUGUUGUCCACUCAAAGGAUUGUGGCUACAGUCUUCACAGCGGACGGUCUCAGUCGCUCUACAAGUCUCUUCAGUCUCCAAACCCUCUGUGUGAAAACUACCAGCAGAGUUUUGACGUCCGCACCCUGAGAGCGCUGGCUGUCCUCCGUCACCAUCCUGCUGUCCUGGAACAGCGCCCCCCUCAGACGGUUUACCAGGAACAGUUUGGUCUUCAGUCACCUCUCCUGCCUCAGUAGUUCAGCACAUUGUGCUUUAAAGCACAGUGCAGGAAGAAGUAACUGUAGUAAUACUGCAGUAUAGAAAUACUCUGUUUCAAGUAAAAGUCUUGCAUUCAAAACUUUACUUCAAGGGACAGUU